AAGAGCCUACCCCUUUCGCAGUUCUGCUGCUCUCCGCUCUGAAACCCUACCAAUUCGCGCGCUCCCAUGGCAACUCCACCAACGCCCGCCACCGUCGCCAGCGUCGUACACCAGAUCCAGAAAGCCCUACUCGACGGCGCCGCCUGCUCCGAAGGCCACCUCUUCGAGGCCGCCGCACUCAUUUCCCGCUCUGACUACGAGGAUGUAGUUGUCGAGCUGUCGAUCGAGGGGAUCUGCGGCUACCCCCUCUGCCGAAAGCCUCUCCCUUCCGACCGACAGACGAAGGGCCGGUACCGUAUUUCCAUGAGAGAGCACAAGGUCUUCGACCUCCAGGAGACCUACAAAUACUGCUCCGAGGCCUGCGUCGUCUCAAGCCGGGCCUUCGCCUCCACCCUCAGCAAAGAGAGAAGCUAUGACGUGAGUUCUUCUAAGAUCGAACAGAUCCUGAACAUGUUCCUACUGCAAGCGGAUUUGGGGAAGGAUAAAGAUUUGGAAAUGAUUAAUUUGACGAUUCGGGAGAAGGACGAUGCUGGAAAAGGAGAGGUGUCUUUGGACGAGUGGUUGGGUCCCUCAAAUGCUAUUGAGGGCUUUGUUCCUCGGUAUGACCAGAAUCACGGCGGGCUUAGGAGUGAUCGGAAGCCAAGUAAAAUCCUUUCUACUUGCUCAACGAAUGACCCGCCUCAUGAAGUAGAUUUUAGAAGUGAUAUAAUUCUCAAAAAUGAGGAUAAUGGACUUGCUUUUUCAGCCCAUGGGACGAUUGAUGCUUCAGAGGUAAUAGCCAAGAAAUUGGAAGAGCUGGUUCUUGCUGAAAGAAAGAUAAAGACGAUAAAAAAGACAGCAAAAUCCAUUGCUAGAAAUACGAUGAACAAAGACAGGGCAGGAAACGAGAAUUCUAGAAUGAUCAAUACAAUUGCUGGUGAACCAUCAUCUGUGGCUCAAAACUUCACAGAGACAAGUACUUUAUUUGGAGACCAGGAUUCUAAGAUAAUAUCUGCUGUGAAGGGACUCUGUUGUGAAUUGAACAAUGAGAUUCAUGUGGAAAAAAUGGCAGGAUCAAAUGGCAGUAAGCAUGAGCACAAAAAGGAGGCUUCUACUCUGAAAUCCUCCCUUCGGACUUCACGUCCCAAAAAUACUACUCGAUCUGUCAAAUGGGCUGAUGAGAUAAAUAGUUCAGCUCAGAAAGAAAUAAGACACAGUCUUCAUAGUAGCAAAGCACCUCAAAAGCCACAGGUUGAAGAUGAUAGCUUCGUUAGGUUAAUGUCAGCUGAGGCUUGUGCAGCUGCCCUUAAUGAGGCUUCAGAGGCUGUUGCUGCAGGUGUAUCAGAAGCUGGAGAUGCAGCUUCGGAGGCUGGAAUUGUAGUCUUAUGCCAGUCUGAGUUUGCAAGUGGGGAGGUUGAAGAAGAUGAGGAUACAUUUAAUUUUGAUAGGGGACAUGUGAAGUGGACAAAGAAGACUUUCUGCUUAGAUACAGACAUGUUGGAGGUUGAGGAUUCCUGGCAUGAGAUCCCACCAGAAGGUUUCAGUUUGGAAUUAUCAUCAUUUGCUACGAUGUGGAUGGCACUUUUUGGAUGGAUAACUUGUUCUUCCCUGGCUUAUAUAUAUGGAUGUGAUGAAAGUUCUCGUGAGGAUUUCUUAGAAGUUAAUGGGCAGGAAUAUCCUUACAAGAUUGUCAAAAGAGAUGGUCUGUCAGCUGAGAUCAGAAGAACUAUUGAUGGCUGUGUUUGUCGUGCUUUGCCUGCACUUGUAAGGGAACUAGGGAUCAGAAUUCCAAUUUCUACUUUAGAGUAUACUUUGGGGCGUUAUCUUGAUACAAUGUCGUACUUAGAAGCAUUGCCUGCCUUCAAGCUUAGGCAAUGGCAAGCAAUUGUGCUUUUGUUCCUCGAUGCCUUUUCCGUGCAUAGACUUCCAUCUCUGACCCAACAUCUGGCAAAUGUAGAUGUGCUGCUUCACAAGGUAUUAAAUGCUGCCCAGCUUAGUCUCGAGCAGUACCAGUUAAUGGCUGAUCAUAUUAUGCCAUUAGGCCGGUCACACAUUGCAUCACAGUAAGUGGUAACUUGGAAGCAUAAACUCAAGCAUCGGGUUGUAAAUAAGCAUUUUCUCCUUCCACAUGAGUUUUACGCAGAGAUUUUUUUUCAUUAAAAUCUGGUGUGAACUUAAUUUCCAUACGUCAAAAUUGUAUGUAAAACAGAGGGAUGAAAAACAAUAUGCAACACUGUACCUCCGGUUGCCCUCAUGUUGGUUUUGAUUCUCUUCUAUAACUCUUUUAAUUUGCGAUUCAGACCGAUAAUAUAAUAUUUUAAAAUAUAAAAAUUAUUAAUA